GGCGGCCCAGGCCCAUGGGGCGGGCGGCGUGAGGCCGCGGCCGGGAUGGAUAAGCUGACCAUCAUCUCAGGAUGUCUCUUUCUGGCCGCCGACAUCUUCGCCAUCGCCAGCAUCGCCAACCCCGACUGGAUCAACACCGGGGAGUCCGCCGGAGCACUCACAGUGGGCCUUGUGCGACAGUGUCAGACCAUCCAUGGACGUGACAGGACAUGUAUUCCUCCUCGGCUCCCCCCAGAGUGGGUCACGACAUUAUUUUUCAUCAUCAUGGGAAUCAUUUCAUUGACUGUCACAUGUGGUUUGCUAGUGGCUUCACACUGGCGAAGAGAAGCUACUAAAUAUGCUCGUUGGAUAGCAUUCACUGGAAUGAUCCUUUUCUGUAUGGCAGCCCUAAUAUUUCCAAUAGGAUUUUACAUCAAUGAAGUUGGAGGUCAACCAUAUAAAUUGCCCAACAAUACAGUAGUUGGGUCAUCAUAUGUACUGUUUGUUUUAUCCAUUUUCUUUACAAUAGUGGGACUUUUAUUUGCUGGCAAAGUUUGUUUACCUGGCUGAUGAAUGUCUAAAA